AUGGGUUCUCGAGCACGUAAAAUUUUAAAACUUCUACAAUCGCAAGAACAACAUAACUCCAGCAGUGCUAAUAAUAAUACCCAAAUUGUACAAAAUAGUUCAGAAAGUAAUAUUUUUCCGGGGCCUUCAACUUCAAAAAGUUUCUUCAAGGACCAACAAAAUUUUGAUUUAAAUUUUACAAACACAACUUAUCCUGGAACAUCUAGCGAUACUAAAUCACCAUCUGAUGACUGCAGCGAAAAUACUGUUUCUCCUUUUUCCUUAAAUUUUUCCACAAGGAAAAUCAAUGAACAAAGUAAUAAACUCGGUUUUAUUGAAGAUGCUACCACAGAAUAUCCUCUUGCAGAAAUACAUAAUAAUCGAAGUCAAUUUGCUGAUAUCCAUUCUUCUGAAAAUAAAAUGAAUGAACCAAAUCUCCAGAAUGAACCAUAUAGAAGUCAGGUUCAUAGUUAUUCUCUAUCGCCACAUAACAGUCGAAAUUCUGACAAAAAUUACCGAUCUACAAAUCACAGUCCUAGUUAUUCUUCAUUACUGAGUACUGACAAAAUCAACGAGCCGGAAAAUAAGACUGAACCAACUACAAAUCAAGUUCCUACCUAUUCUUUAUUACCGAUAUCAAGUAACAGUCAAAACUCUAAGACAUUGACUAAUUAUUCGUCAGUACUAAGCACCAGCCAAAGCUCUGACAAAAAUAACGAUGCAGAAAAUAAGACUGAAACAUCUACAAGUCAAGUUCCUAGCUAUUCUUUAUUACCAUUACCAUGUAACAGUCAAAACUCUAAGAAUAUUAACGAACCAAAUGACAUUCCUAAUGAUUCUCCAGUACAAAGUACCAGCCAAAAUUCUGACGAAAAUAACGAGCCAAAUAAUAAGACUGCACCAUCUACAAAUCAAGUUCCUAGCUAUUCUUCAUUACCAAGUACCAGCCAAAAUUCUGACCGUUACAUUGUCGAAAAUCGAGGUUCUACGAAAAUAAGCCUGAGAAAAGUUAAGCUAAACUACAGAGUAUCCGAUUCAGAGCAGGAACCCUUUUCUUCUGGAUCAAGCGAUAACUAUGAACCAGACUCUUCAAGCUCAUCAAGUGAGUCGGAUUCUUCAAGUUCAUCAGGAUCGGAGCCAGAAGUUAUGAGGCCUGUGACGACAGAUCAAGCCGAGCAACAACCAGAUUCACCAAAAAAAGGUAAAAAACGACUAAGAAAGGAAAGCAACUGGAAAAGGGCGAAUAGGAAGAAAUCGAAAAAUUCAGGACAAGAAUAUACAUCAGCAAGGGGCAAAACUGUGUUGGCAAAAAGUAUGAAGCCUCCUUGUCAAAAUAAAUGUAUUCUAUCAUGCUCUAAAAAAAUUUCACAGGAAUAUCGACAGCAACUUUUCAAAGAAUACUGGGAGUUAGGAUCUUAUCAACGUCAGCGUGACUUUUUGGGUUCAUGCGUUGAUAAACUAAACCUAACGUAUAGAAGAAUUUCGUCCGCCACACCAAGAAACCCAAACUGCGCCUUUUAUUUCUACAACAAUGGUGAGAAAAUGCGAAUAUGCAAAACUUUUUUGAUAAAUACACUUGGUAUAUCUGAAAAAACGCUACGAACGGUUAUCUAUUCAAAAGUAUCUGGGAAUGGUGUAAUAGUUGAAGAUCGUAGAGGAAAGCAUAACAAACAUAAAAAAAUUGAUGAAGAGAUUAUAAAUUCAGUGAGAGAGCACAUCAAUUCAAUUCCCCGAGUUGAAAGCCACUAUGUUCGUAGUGAUACUUCUCGGGAAUUUAUAGAUGGUGGCCUCUCUAUUGCAGAGAUGCACAGAAAUUAUUCGGAAAGAAGAAGAAUUUUGGAUAAACCAAUAGCAAGUUACGACUUUUAUGCAAAAAUUUUUAACACGGAAUUUAAUAUUGGGUUUUUUAAUCCCAAAAAAGAUCAAUGUGAUCUCUGUGAGUCGUACAAAAAUUCAGAAGAAAACGAAAAGAAGAAUUUGGAAAAUAAGUAUCAAGAACACUUGAACGAAAAAAUCUUAAGCCGUGAAGAAAAAGAAAAAGACAAAAUCAGGGCAAAAGAUGGAGAAAUUACUCUUGCUGUAUACGAUUUACAGGCAGUGUUGCCGGUACCCAUAGGUCAAACAUCUGCCUUCUUCUACAAGUCCCGAUUGAAUUGUUACAAUUUUACGAUAACAGAAAUAGCAAAUGACAGGACCAAAUCCUUUUUUUGGCACGAAGGUCUUGGUAAUAGAGGUGCUAUAGAAAUUGGAUCUUGUGUUUUAAUUUAUUUAGAAGAACUUUCGAAAAUUCGACCAGGCCUAGACGUAGUCUUCUAUUCUGAUAAUUGCGGUGGGCAACAGAAAAAUAGGCAAGUGAUUGCAAUAUUUGUGUACCAAAAAAUAACAAGCUGCUUUCAUAAUAAUUUAUUAUCGUUUUAG